AUGGCGAUGAUAAUCGAAAAAGAGAGUGUACGCAUGUCAAAUCCUACUGUUGAUACUUGUACGCGGUUUCCACUUCAGUCAUUACCCUAUCUUUUCAUUGUAUCUCGAGUCUGGAAACACUGCCACGCACUCAAACCCCAAGACAACAGACCAAACUUGACAGCUUUGGUACCUGGGAGAAUUGCUAUGACAUCAUCCGUUUGCGUAUUUUUCACAGAUGCCCAGAUAAUCUACCGACAUUGUCAAGUCGUAAAAGUGCGAGGCUUCCAUCAAGCGAGUCGUCUACAAACCACAAUGGUAUCAUCUCAGAUGGUCACCGACUGCUUACGUCGAGACCAUCCAGUCUUGGACUCACAGAACUGCGGCGUUGGGAUCGUAUCGUAUAGGUUUUGCUACACGUACAAUGUCUCGCUGCCGAAUCCCCCGUCCCAGCAGUGCACCAUGAUCCGAUUCCACUGUCAGAAAUAA